CCUGCCUUUCUCCACCAUUUGGCGUGAGGAACGACGCACCGUCGUGCCCGGCUGAAACACUACCUAACGACCAUCUCGCGCCCGAUCUUCGUUUCAAGCUUGGUGGCGCAGCUUCCAGUACUGGUGACCACGAUCGUUGCACGCGGCGACCCCCGAGAGGUUUUCACGGUCUUUUGCCUCCGCACGGCAAACCCAAAACCUUUUCCUUUCUUCCCUCGCUCGCCGUCUGUGCUUUUAGCCUGCCCUCGAUCCUCCACGAGUCCAGCUACUGUAGUCUUUUUGACGCUCUUGCAUUCUCUUCACGACCACGACCACCUAACCAUAUCUGAGACUGCGGUCAACGCUUGCUCGGCCUGACGACGCAACCAUGUCUUCCCUCAUUCAACCCUACCCCCGCUGGCUCCUACUCUCGCUCUUUCUCGUGCUCUGGAGCAUCACACGCGGCACCCGCCACGAGACUGCCCUCGGUUUCGGUGCACAGGCACAGCUCUCUGGCCUCACCGGGUGCCCCUUGGGGUGCGCUGCUCAGGCGUUCACUCAGGUUGACUGCACCGUCCUCGAUGUGACGUGCGCUUGUGCGUCCUCGUCGUUCCUCUCCGACGCGCAGGCGUGCAUGACCGCGAACUGCACUGUGGCGGAGACUGAGGCGGGCAUACAGGAUCUCAAGAAUGCGUGUGCUGCGAGUCCGGUUUUGGUGCAACGUCAAGCGACGACGACGUCUACGUCCGCGACCGCAACCGCUUCCAGCACGGCGUCGGACAGUUCUAGCGCCUCGGCUUCUAGCUCCGCUGCGUCCUCGUCAGCGUCGACCAGCGCAUCUGCGUCUGGCAACAGCACUGUCACUGCGAGUAGCACCAGCGCAAGUUGCAGGGAGCAGCAGCGACAGCAGCGCUCCCAGCAGUACCGAUUCAGCGACAAGCUCGGCGGUAACAAGCUCGGCGGUAUCAAGCUCUUCGGCGUCGGCGUCGAGCGACAGUGCCUCUCCCGCGUCAAGUUCCUCGGCAGUUUCAGUAACGUCAAGCUCGCUCCCCUCGAGUGUGGCCGCGACGACGGUUGUGACGGUCGUGGCGACGCCAGGAACGGGUCAACGGUGACGACGAACGUCCCGGCUGUGUCAACAACCCCUGCGGGCAACACUGGUGCCGCAAUGGGUCUGCGUGCGCCGUCUGCGCUCGCGGUGCUGGGUGCAUUGCUGGUGUGGGCUGGACUGUAUUAG